AUGAACACCUCGCCACUGUCCCGCUUGCCGCUUGAACUCCAUGAACAAAUCUUUGACUACACCAUGGCCACAAACGUCCAGCACAUCAACGACUGCGGUAGGGAGUAUAAUUCUGGCGUGCUUACAAAAUCGAUGAUGACGGAACUUACUCGCCGUCAUGCAUUUAUGGCUACCUGCCGCGAGCUUCAAGGUCUGGGUCUACGUCUCUGUCUGCGGCUUACAGAGUUCAUCUGGGACUGUUCUUCAGAGCAAACAUCACGGAAUAUAAUGAAGGCGAUUGAUACGCGGGUUUGGGACGGUGGAGCGAUAUUCCACACUUUACCAGAUUUACAGACUCAAGGCUGUGUCAGCAGUAUCCGUGGUGCAGGCGCUGUCAGCUCAGACGAUUAUCUGCACCGCGAAAGCUGGAAAGUGAAGGGACCGUCUUUUGCUAAGGUAUAUGCGAAUUGGGUCGAUAAACCUCUCGAAGUCCUGAUCAUGUAUCAAAGGGCCGCGUGUAUCACCUGCCGCCUGCGCACUGAACAACACCAGAGAGAGCUUGAUCAUCACCAACUGUUCUAUCGGCACAGCUACCGUUUACAAACCUUCACCGACGGCAAUGCUGCCAGACCAAUCAAGAAAGCCUUGAGAGGUACUUGGAAGCGUGACACGAUAAGUUUGACUAUCAACAUGCUGAACGAAGCAACCUCUCUCCAACGAAUGGAAGCAGUCAUGUCACUGCUCGACAGCGAACACCACAAAAAGGUCCAAGCCAUUAAGAAAGAAAUUGAGAAGGAAGUGCAAUUAUACGCAGAAAACGGUGAUGUUGACUUUGGCGACGUACGGCCUAUGUAUGAGCAGUUCGUCCACGAUAUGAACCUCAAAUACUCUCUGUGGAGGCAGCGAGUGAAAAAAUUCCACGAAGGAUUGAUCAAAGUGAUCAUGCUGAGUUACCGAGCGGACUAUCAUGCGCUCGCGGACGCCUUGUUUGAGAUGCGGCACGACUUCGAGCAGAUGUUACCUCAUGAAUACACUGGCGACCAGGUCGUCAACUCCGUCGUGGAACUAGUAAGGGCAACCACACUUCAGAAGAUGGAGCCAAGGUACCGUAUCGAAUCGGACCUAUGGCUCGACUCACGCAACUCGUGA